AUGGUUUGUGCACCGAAGUGCUCUGCGUCCUUCGAGUGCCCGCUGGAUACGCCACUUACCUCAACGGCGCAGCCCCAAUGCAUGCUGCAGACCGUGGACCAGGCCUCCUACUGUGGCCUGCUUUGCCAGGCGGACGCGCAGUGUCCGAGUGGUGCGUCCUGCCGGAAGGUGGGCACUCAGGGCCUUGGCUUGUGCAUCCACCCGCUGUCCUUCGCAGACUGGGCCCGGCUUUCCAGCCGCGUGAAGCUGGCAAUAGGCUUCCCGAGCUCCGGAGCCUCGGGCUCGAGCAACAAGGGCUUCCAGGUGGCCAAGGCUUACUCGGCGCUGCAAAGCCUCAAGCGGCGAUACGCCAUCUCGGAUGGGGACGCAGAUGUGUUGACUGUCAAGGAGAUGCUGGCUGCUGCCGCCACUCCUCUUAGCCUCGUGGACCGCGAGCGGCAGGUCCUCACCAACUUUGAAUCCAUGGUGAAGAACGCCCUUCACAGUGCUCCCAAGACUGAUCUCGUGUCGGAGGUUUCCACGGAUCUGAAAUUCUUUGGCAAAAACAUGGCCUCUGGCUUGCCUGGCUGGGAGCGGGAAGCCGAAAGCGUUGUUUGGAAUGUGGAGCACAUAGAUAGCUAUGGUGCGGCAACUGGCCUGCUGCGUGGGCUCAUCGAGUUGGGCCUCAUCUAUCUCGCCUGUGGUGCCGUGUACAAGUACCAGAUGCAUGGUGCCCGAGGCUUGCAGCUCAUCCCCCAUGUGGACUUCUGGAUGGACUAUCCAAACCUAGUGGCCGACGGGGUGCAGUACUCCAAAGUGCUCCUCUCGCAGAUGGGCGGCAAGGCCCAAGGUUUCGAAAGCUUUCCGCCAGCUUCGGCGGAGAGAGACACCUUUGCAAACUUCGAGCCAAGCAGAUGA